AUAAAUAACCCAUUUUUUUAAUAAAUAAUUUUAUAUCAAAUAACUCUAUUAAAUUGUUUAGUACCAAAGGACUCGUGCAAGCCACUGAUUAGUUCUUUAGCCUAGUCUUGUAUUAUAUACUUACACUAAUUUAUUAUUUUAUGCCCCUCUAUUGUUGUCUUUCGUUUCUGCUUUCUAACCCUUACCAGCAAGCAAUGACCUAUUGUCGAUUGGUUAUAACAAAAAAACAACCCAGCACUUUUCUUAUCAAUUCUCUCAAAUGACACCAUCAAAUCAAGAUGAAAACAAAAGGGAAGUCGUUAUCAAACAAUUAAACAAACGCUUAAGGGUUGGUUUGGUAAUAAAUCAGCUAAUAUUAUCUCAUGUCCACUCAAUUAGAAUUGUUACUAGUUUGGUAUAUAAAAAAGAAGUUACUAGUACGAUAUUAAUAUGAUUUAAGUUAUUGAUAUGAACAGAUUUUGCUAUAAUUUAAGUUAUUGAUAUGAACAGAUUUUUAACAUGAUAUUAAUAUAUUUAAAGUUUGACAAAUCUUAUGUUUUUAUAAAACAAACUUGCCAAUCCACACUCCUCGGAUUUUCUUUCGCCAUCAUUUGUCUUGUCCUUUGGUUUCCUCGGACCGCUGAUUGUGUUUGUAAAUUGUGAUUAAACUCUCCUUCUGUGCUGUUUCUCGUCGGGUUUCGUUUGUGUUUGGGAUUGGCGGCUUUGACUGAUGUUUUUUAAUUUGCAUUUCCGGCUUUUGGUUGGCAUUUUCCCUUUCUUCCGUUCUUUGCUAGUAUUUUGAUGCCCAAACCCCAAACACAGAGAGAGAAUGGCGGCAUAUUAUGUAACAUUGGUACCCAAGAUUUGGGGAUAUCACAAUUUGAUGCCCGAAAGGGUCCCAAAUUACAAGUAUCUCUUCUCGUCAAGGGUGAGGAUAGCAUAACAACAUUCCUGAUGUUGUUAUUAUAACAACAGAAUUAAUUAAGGGUAAAUAAGUAAAUUAACAAAAAAUAUCAAAUCAAAAUUAAACAAAUAAUCCUCAACCCCUAAUCCUGCUCCUCGUAUCCAAUUUCUUCCGUUCCUCCCCAUCUCCCUGCUGUUCCUUCUUUCUUCCACCGCCGGCGUCGCAAAUCCUGUAAUCCUUCUAUGUUCCGGCGCCGAUCAAUCCCUGGAUACGAGUGCCGAGGGAGGUCCUGGUCGGAGAGCGACUGCCUCGAGUGGUCCCGCAACCUCCUCUCCAAGCUCCUCGCGAACCUCACCCUCCUCGAUGGCGAAGGAAACCUCUUCAUCCGCACCAGGAACAUCGAGAAGGUCGAGGGCGAGGCCUACGUCAACAUCCACAAGGGGAAAAUCAUGUAAGCCCAAUUCCCGUAGGUAACUAGGGAAUAAUUGUGGCCCAAGUGUAAUUAUCACUUAAUAAUUUAAUAUAAGAUAAAUCCUAUAUUUAUUAGGUUAAUGAAAGGUAAAUUCCUAA